ACAACCGAAGUCCACGUGUUAGCGCUUCUCAACGGGUUCACGAAACGAGCAACUGUUAAAGUGACGUAGAGAUUUGACUUUUUUGACCCACUUGAAUUUGAGGAAGUCUUAACCGAGAGUCACCCAGUCGGGGUUGUUUUUUAAAAAAUAGGUAAAAAGUUCCCGUUACACAAUUAUAAUACAACACCCUGGAGCUUAAGCCGAAUCGUGAUAUUGAAAUCCGUUAUUGACAUAACUCAAAGACGUAACUCACGUCCGAGAACGAAUUGGUAUCAUGUAUAUUUCUCAGUACUGUAUUUUAUCUCUUGUUAGCAUGUCCGGGCGUGUUCUACGUACACAUACAUGAAGUCGAUAUUGGAAAACUCGCCCUACCCCUAAACUUUGCUAACUAUUAAGCGUAAAAAAGUUUCUUUUUAAUGGAAAAAAUUUGCGAGGAAGAGAACGGCAAUGAUGAAGAUGGAGAUGAAGCUGGUGGUUGCAGAUUGGAAGAUGACCAUGAUGCAGUUGCACUUCCAUGCAGAGAUGAAGAAGUAGGUUCUUCUCAAAUUUUGGAGAAGGACUGGGAUUUUGUGGACAACGAGCAGCUGGAAUCAGAGAGGACAGUCGGAGUGCAGAGACAUAGUGAUGACGGAGAUGCCGUCUUUGUCUCACCCUCCGGUUUCAUGGAUAACUGCACUCGUUCCAUAUCCAGCCUUUCGUCCUCCUCUUCCUCUGUGUUGUGUCUCACACCACCCCUACCUUCCUCUGUGGAGCUCUCAGCUGUGUUGACUGAUACCAGGCUGACCCUGGAUAUCUACCUGGGGGGAGCAUCUGCACUGCCACUGCUAUGGAGUUCCAUUCCAGGGCACCUCAGGGGGCUGCGGUAUCUCAGACUUGGUUCUGAGGAUGAACGUGCAUUGGAUUCUGCACUGGGUGUCCUCGCAUAUUUAACAGAACUACGCUCACUUGCCAUACGAGGGCACUGUUUUUACGACGCACAAGGGAACCCCAUGCCUGGCCUCCUCACCACUCUACCCACAUCCCUUGUCUCCCUCUCUCUUCUGGGUCACGUGGAUCUCUCCUUCAACCAGCUCUCCGUCCUUCCAUUGUGUCUUCUCAGCUUACCUGCAUUGUCAGCCUUGCUGCUGUGUCACAACUGCAUCUCAGAGCUGUCCCCUGAUAUAGGCCAGCUGUCCGGCCUCAACUAUCUCUCCCUUAUUGGAAACAAGCUGGUUUCCCUCCCAGCGAGUAUAGGCCAACUCAAAGAGCUACAUACACUGGAUGUUUCAGAUAACCUCCUCGAGGUGCUGCCGAACGAAAUUGGUUCUCUGGGAGAGCUUGUUAAGCUUGGGCUGUCCCACAACAAGUUGAAGAGGCUGCCAGAGACCCUGGGCUCUCUCGAUUCGCUGAGGGAGCUUCUGAUCUUCAGCAAUGACCUCCGCGUCAUGCCACCUUGUCUGAAUGAACUGCCUCUGCUGAAAAUAGAUGCUCGUGACAAUCCUCUGGGGCAACCGCCAAGUCUUCCACCUCUUCCCCCUGCACCUGAUGAAGCACUACCAAAUAUUCCCGAGUUGCAUCUGCUAUUCAAUCAGCACAGUUUUAGCGUUACGUCUGCUGGAUGUCAUGUGUUUCUGCCAGGGGGGGCGCAGCUGCUGUUCCCCCCGGGGUGCUUGCCGAAACUGACAACUCUGCAGUGGGCCGAGAGAAGACCACAGCGAAAAUGGGUGUUGCUCGAGGAGCAUGAUAUUCUCCUCAGCCGUCCACUGGAACUUCGUCCUCAUGGGAUUAAAUUUCUUAAGACUUUCUUGCAGCCAGUAGAAGUGUGUAUAGCACAUCACCGCAAAAAAUGGAAGGAGGUGGUGGUACGGAAGUACGAUGGAAACUCAUGGAGCACUUUGCCUACUUCUCUCAGGAAAGGAUGUGAGAGACACACUAUUUCAUCCUUGGGGGUUCCAUCCAGGCUGGCCUGCUGUUCUGUGAGCCAGUUCUCCUGGUUUAUUGUGGUGGGUCGUCCAGUGAGAGACAGCUGCUCAGUUUCACCAGCUGGAGCCUUUUUAGUGUCCAGCACUGACCCCAGAGUCAAGCUUCACUUCCCUCCAGACUCCACCAAUCAAACUCGGACUAUAACUUUACAGGUGCUGCAGGUGUCUGUGUCAGAGGUCCAGGCACUAUGUGGUGAUCCACAGGCAAGUGUUAGCCCUCUCCUCUGCCUCUCACAAACUCCAAGUUUACAUUUUCUUCAGCCAAUCAAAGUUCAGGUGCCACUGCCACCAGGGCUAACAGGUCACACAGUUGAUAAGUCCUGUUUGUGUCUACUCCAUGGAGACCCCACUGCCCAAACCUGGACAGACAUCACAUCACAAGUGUCUCUCUAUGUCACCCAUUUGUAUGCCAUUUUCUAUAUUACACAUUUCUCUUGGUACUGGCUGUGGUACAGGACUCAGAGUUGUGUUAGUGGCAUGGUAAGGAAGGUCUACCAAAGGCUGAAGCAGUUUAAAGUCCAAUUCAUGGUCCUCCAGCGGAAAACGGAUCCGGCGCAAGUCCUGCUGCAGUGUUUACCAGCUAACAAGGUAGAAGACAGAAUACAGUCACUGUCAAACCAGUAUGAUGGACCCCAGCCUUCGGACCUGUGUGACCUUCUUGAAGGAGAGCAGUUCUUUGCUGGCUUUGAGAGAGGCUUAGAAAUCUGCACAGACAGACCAGACUGUGUUGGGGGAAGACUUUGUUUUGUGUUUUACUCCAGCCUCAAGAAUCUAAAGGAGGUUUACAUAUCUCCUGCGAAUGGCCUCCGCGGUCCAGUGAGGGGCGAAGUGUCGUUUUACAGAGGGGAGUUUCCCAGUGGUUUGCCAGAGGAAGUAUUAAGGAAGAGGAAAGGACAUGAUAGCCAAUGGCUUGCAACUUUACCGCUAAGACUUCCUGCGCUCGAUGCUGAGAACCAAUACAUAACGGAUGAGCUCCAGCUUCCUCCUCUGAACCUCGGCGAUCCCGAGAGCGGCUACCUGACAGAAGCCAAUCUACUGUCCAUCUCCCUCCAGAUUGGACAGGAUUGGAGAAUGAUUGGGAUCAAUCUCGGUUUCAGCUACCAGGAGUUAGAACGCAUCCAAUACAAAUACAGGGACAACCUUGGCGGUUUGAUACUAGACAUGCUCUUCCACUGGGCCCGAGGACAGAAGAGCGCCGGGCCUGGGGCGGUGUCACGAUUGAUGGCAGCCAUGAUUGAGAGUGGCAGGAGGGAUCUUGCAGAGGAGAUUGAAGACAUCGUCAGUCUGGGAAAGCAAAAGUACACUGAGUCAUUGAGGAGAGUGGGACUGGAGGCUGAGGACGAGCCCCUAUGUGAAAGCCAACAGUAGAGAAGUUCUUAUUGUGUACAGGUGUCUUAUUAUUAUUAUUUUUUAAUGUAACCAUAAUAUUAACUCACUGUUGCAUCUAUUUUAUUGAACAUGCCAAGCAGUCUCCAUUAGAAAAGAGCAGAAACUGAUAGGCAUUACAAUUGUGUUGAACUUUUGAAUUUGAUUGGCCCAUAUUGGUCCCUGAAUAUUUCAGUCUGGCUCAUCAGGAUAAUGUUAAGAUGGUGAGCAAACCCGAGGAACUGUUGAGCUUUCUCCCAGGUUUGACUCAUGUACAGAAAGUUCACUUGUCAUGAAAGUUACUUUUUUGUGAUUACGCAACAAUAUUAAUUCAGAAAUUGUGACAUUCCUUUAAAUUCAGUGAGCACUACUAUUGUAAAAUAUUAAAUAAAUGUUACAUACCAUUUACUUGGAGUGAUCUUUUCUCCCAAUAAUUUAAAAGAGGGUAACCUCCA